GUCCGCGAGCGGCGGCGGCGGCCGGAGGGACGAUGAGCGGCGCGGCGCGGGCGGGCCCGGCCCGGCUCGCCGCGCUAGCACUGCUGACCUGCAGCCUGUGGCCGGCGCGGGCGGACAACGCCAGCCAGGAGUACUACACGGCGCUCAUCAACGUGACGGUGCAGGAGCCCGGCCGCGGCGCCCCACUCACGUUCCGCAUAGACCGCGGGCGCUACGGGCUCGACUCGCCCAAGGCCGAGGUCCGCGGCCAGGUGCUGGCGCCGCUACCCAUCCACGGAGUUGCUGAUCAUCUGGGCUGUGAUCCUCAAACAAGGUUCUUUGUUCCUCCUAAUAUCAAGCAGUGGAUUGCCUUGCUACAAAGGGGAAAUUGCACAUUUAAAGAGAAAAUAUCACGGGCUGCUUUCCACAAUGCAGUUGCUGUAGUCAUCUACAAUAAUAAAUCCAAAGAGGAGCCAGUCACCAUGACUCAUCCAGGCACUGGAGAUAUUAUUGCUGUCAUGAUAACAGAAUUGAGGGGUAAGGAUAUUUUGAGUUAUCUGGAGAAAAACAUCUCUGUACAAAUGACAAUAGCUGUUGGAACUCGGAUGCCGCCAAAGAACUUCAGCCGUGGUUCUCUAGUCUUCGUGUCAAUAUCCUUUAUUGUUUUGAUGAUUAUUUCUUCAGCAUGGCUCAUAUUCUACUUCAUUCAGAAGAUCAGGUACACAAAUGCACGUGACAGGAACCAGCGUCGCCUUGGAGAUGCAGCCAAGAAAGCUAUCAGUAAAUUGACAACCAGAACAGUAAAAAAGGGCGAUAAGGAAACAGACCCAGACUUUGAUCAUUGUGCAGUCUGCAUAGAGAGCUAUAAGCAGAAUGAUGUUGUUCGGAUCCUGCCCUGCAAGCAUGUUUUUCACAAAUCAUGCGUGGAUCCAUGGCUUAGUGAACAUUGUACCUGUCCUAUGUGCAAACUUAAUAUUUUGAAGGCUCUGGGAAUUGUGCCAAAUCUGCCAUGUACUGAUAAUGUAGCAUUUGAUAUGGAAAGGCUCACCAGAACCCAAGCAGUUAACAGAAGAUCAGCCCUAGGUGACCUCGCCAAUGACACCUCCCUUGGCCUUGAGCCACUUCGAACUUCGGGGAUAUCACCUCUUCCUCAGGAUGGGGAGCUCACUCCUAGAACAGGAGAAAUCAACAUUGCAGUAACAAGUGGUCACUUCUUUCACCGAAAUUCCUUGUCCCCUCGAAGCCUGGUGUAUGAAAGCGAAUUCUCCACAAUUGAACCUUCUUUGGACAUGUAUGAUGAGAACAAAACCUGAUUUUUUUUAAAUGGGCUAUUAGGGGUCACUUCUUUUGUGAUUUGAUUUAUGAUCACCUUUCUUAUUUUGUAUUCUUCUCAGUGUCCAUUUUGGAAGAAUGAUAGUGCUUCCAAGCACAGUUUGGGGUUCAGGGUUAAAUUGCAAAGUUCCCCAAAGUGAGGCUUUGAGAACAGCAUUAUUGCCCAGGUGAGCCUUGUGGUAUUGAAUGCCUGCCCAAAGUUGGCCACUGAACAUGGGCACCCAACAGGCCUGGCCAUUUCCAGAGAAGAGGCAGGAGUCAGGGGUUAAGGUUGCAUUGCAAACAUGUCCCUGAAUAAUCACAUGCUAUUCUGUGUUGGGGUGGCAUUGUUUUUUUUUUUGUGUGUGUGUGUGGUUGUUUUUUUUUUUUUUAAUAUUUUUUGUGAUCCUCACUUACAAUGCAUACUAAAGCCUGCAAGUGAAGCUUCCUACCAAUGCAGAGCACGAGUCACAGCUCCUUGACAUACUCUAUUUUGUCCUCUGUUUCUAUUCUACUUCCUGUUAAAGGGCCUCUUUCUUUAGGGAAUUGAGAGAAAGCCUUGUGUUUUGUACCUCACCUAAGACUCUAACCAACCCAUUUCCCAACAGAGCUCUGCCUCAGGAGAUACAGGCCAUGGGGCCAGGGUCUCUUUGUGGUGGUGACAGUCAGUCAUCUGCUUGGUCAUUUUCCAGCAUCUGUGUUGAGCAUGACAUAAGGUGACAAGUGUUUAUGUAGCUACUAAACAUUGAAGCCCCCCUAGUCUCAACAGCCUAUGGACCUGUCCACUUGCCAACCCUGAGGUGUGGGGAAGUAGCACAAGAGAGCCUGGCAGUCCUCCCAGGCACACUGACCUCAAGAGGCACAGCCAGUGGUUGUCAACAUCCGAACGAUUUUGAAUGUUUUACUAAGAAGAUAAAACAACCUUCCUGCUGCUAGAUCUCAGAUGAGGACUCUUCUUCAGUCUUCAUUGGUCCAGCCCAAACCCUUCCCUCCAGCUUCAGAGCCAGCAUGAGGAAGGCACUGGAGCGUCAGCAGCCAGGCAUACAGAAAAGGAUGUGGCAGCCAGCAUGGUGGGCAUCGUGAACACACAUGCUCUUCCUACACACACAGGAUGAGAAAGUUGUAUCUUAUGAGUAAUCCCAGCACGGAACCAAAAUAGCAAAUUUAUAAAACAAAUCUACACCUCCUUUUUGCAAAAGGUCACGCCAUAGUUCAGUCUUCUGCUGCUUAUUCAUAUGAGCUGUAGAAGGUAUAAAGGCAUUCAGAUCCUUAUUAUGAGACUGGCAACUUUCAUUUCCAGAUUCCUUGGAUUUGACAGCAAACCAAGCCGGCAUACAAAUCCCUGCCCUGUUAUUUGUAUUUGCUCUUAUGUAGAACACAAGUUUGAAAUGAACACUUGCCAUCUUUGCACAUGUGGCUUCUCUUUAACAGCGUCUUUCUUGUAACAUGUCACUAAGACACUUAAGACAUAGGUGUACCCAAAACAAAAGAGAACUUCAGAGAACCAGGAUGGUGACAGCUUUUAAGAAUGCUACAGCAGGGUGAGCAGCAGCAUUUUGUUUUAAUAAUUUGAGACUGGAACAGGGCAGAUCUUUAAGGUCUAAACUAAUUUUGCUUUUUACUGCUUACCAAGGGCUUUAGUUUGUUUUCCUUUUUAUAGUCUUUGUACUAUAAAAAUAUUUUUGAUAAACAGUUUCAAGAGAGUGUCUUUCAGAAGACAGGUUUGCCUCACUGAUUCUCAGUGAGAACGUGUCUCAGUCUGCCAGAGCUCCAGAUGUGCACCUGUAUUUGUGUUUGGUUUGGCUCACUGUACAGAUAAGAUAACUCGGUUCUGAUUAUUGCCAUGUUAUCUGUACCAUGACCUUGGUUUCCCCAAAUCAAAACUCAGAUCCUGACAUAGCAUUUUCUUCUCAUCUGUGCCAUCUUAUAAAGACAUAUAUGCUAAACUCUGCUCAAAACAGUUUCUUUACUAAAAAGGAAUGAAAUUG